AUCCGUCCUGAACUGUUUUUUUUUGACAGACUACAAGUAUAGCGAUUGUACAAUCUUACACAAGGCAUUCCUUUACCCCAGUACUCCUCAUUCUUAUACAGCGCAAGUGACGCGUCAGUGGACGCGCCUACUGAACGACAACACAACUCCUCCAAUAUGUAUUACGGCGUAACGGGUUUAUGCACAGCACAGACUAACGAAGAUACCCGAACAGGAACAAUACCCAAACUCCAGUGAUAAAAUAGGGAUGGAGUUUGGAAUUUCAAUGAAACAUAUCACCGAAUGAAACAAAUGGAUAAGGACCAACCCAGCUGUGUUUUACAAUCUCUGUUCUAAAACAACUGGAGGAACUGUGACCGGGAUAAUUACAAGGACAUUUGUGUCAAAGAAGUGCAAGGGCUUUCAGGUGAAUAAUCUAUGAGGACCUCUGCUUACACAUGGUAGGUAGUGUUGCAGCAAUGGAAAAAUCCAUGGAGGACUACGACAAUUACACCUACGAUUAUCUGGAGUACGGAGACUUCGAUGAAGAAAAAGCCCCAGACGGAUACUCCCAGAAGGAGGCUAUGCACAUCAUAUCAGUCGUCAUGUAUAGUAUUUCAUUUGUGCUCGGCGUCACUGGAAAUGGAACAGUCAUAUGGGUGUUGGCAUUUAAAAGCAAACGGACAGUGAACAGUGUCUGGUUGCUGAACAUGGCUAUAGCAGAUUUUGUGUUUGUGCUCUUUUUACCCUUCUCUAUCGACUACGUCCUUCGAGACUUCCACUGGUGCUUUGGCCUGGUCAUGUGUAAGCUAAACUCGUUUGUGUCUGUGAUGAACAUGUAUGCCAGUGUGCUCUUUCUCACAAUGCUCAGUCUAGACAGGUAUGUCUCAUUGAUUCACCUUAGCUGGUCUCAGAGGUGUCGCAGUGUAUGGCGAGCCUGGAUCGUAUGUGGCUGUGUGUGGGGGGUGUCUGCUCUACUGAGCCUCCCUACCCUGAUAUUCCGUGAUACUGUGAGUUACCAUGACCGGGUGUUGUGCUUCAACAACUUUAAUGUCCAGGAUAGACAUACAGCUGCUGUGAGACACAUUACGUUGGUGGUCAUCCGUACAGCAGUGUGCUUCUUACUGCCCUUCAGUGCUGUCUGUGUGACUGGAAUUCUCCUGGCAAUCAAAGUCCACCAGUCUGACGAUUCUGUGUGCCUGUCUAGCUUUUCUAAGACAGUUUCAGCUGUCAUUCUGGCCUUCUUUUUGUGCUGGGCACCAUUCCAUAUCUUUAGUUUAAUGGAGCUUUCCUUCAACUCAUCACUGUACCUACAUGCUGUUCUGAAGACAGGCUUUCCUCUUGCUACGAGCUUAGCCUAUUUCAACAGCUGCGUCAACCCCUUCAUCUACGUGCUGGUGGGUAAGAAGGUUCGCCAGCUCCUGAAACGCUCGUGUCUGGACAUCACAAAGAGUUCUCUGCGGGAGCUCAACCAGUCCAUCUCUGCAACAGAAUCAGUGUCUGUAGCUGACAUAAGAGCUCCAUACAUCAGUGCACCACAGGAUCCCACAGAAUCAUCAACUGUUUGAUUAUACUGAUCUAAUCCCACAGUUACCUAUAGCAGAAACUGCCAUUUGACCUAAAAGAACCAGCCUGACCAUUCUUUUAGUCCAAAUGUGACUUAUUUUAUAUUUUACUUCGUGUAACAUUUGUGCUAGUUGUUUGAGUUGGAUACUUCCAAGUAGCAAUUACUUUGAGUGCCAAGGUCUGUUUGAGUGCCACGGUCUGUUUGAGUGCCAAGGUCUGUUUGAGUGCCCUCAUAGGAAAACUUGAGUAAAGACAUACACUAAAAGUAUAACUUGCACAGGGGAAAAGAAGCAACUUUAUUUAAUGAUUUUAAAAAGAAGUAUCUGAUCCUAUUUACCGCAAAGACUAAUAGGAAAGGAGGCCACCCUUCCCCACUGUCUCUGGAACAGACUGUCUCUGGAACAGGCUGUCUCUGGAACAGACUGUCUCUGGAACAGGCUGUCUCUGGAACAGACUGUCUCUGGAACAGACUGUCUCUGGAACAGACUGUCUCUGGAACAGGCUGUCUAUGGAACAGGCUGUCUCUGGAACAGACUGUCUCUGGAACAGGCUGUCUCUGGAACAGACUGUCUCUGGAACAGACUGUCUCUGGAACAGGCUGUCUCUGGGACAGGCUGUCUCUGGAACAGACUGUCUCUGGAACAGACUGUCUCUGGAACAGGCUGUCUAUGGAACAGGCUGUCUCUGGAACAGGCUGUCUCUGGAACAGACUGUCUCUGGAACAGGCUGUCUCUGGAACAGGCUGUCUCUGGAACAGACUGUCUCUGGAACAGGCAGUCUCUGGAACAGACUGUCUCUGGAACAGACUGUCUCUGGAACAGGCUGUCUCUGGAACAGACUGUCUCUGGAACAGACUGUCUCUGGAACAGGCUGUCUCUGGAACAGACUGUCUCUGGAACAGGCUGUCUCUGGAACAGGCUGUCUCUGGAACAGACUGUCUCUGGAACAGACUGCCUCUGGAACAGGAAUGAUUAGAAGCAGAUCUACCAUUUUCAAAAAACACUUUGUAUUUAGAUUUCGGUCAUCAAACAAAUCCAAGUUUAACCCUGACGGGAAUUGAGUCCUUCUCUGUCUUGUUGCGUUGAAAAGUUUCCCAUUACAAGUUGAUUUGCUGUUGUAGUGUACUCUGUUAUUAUAUGUCUGCUGUACACAUGAGACAAAUUCUAUUAGGCCGUUCUUUUUAUGUUGUAAUUAUAUUAAGUGUAUAAAUUAAUCUCAAUGUUUAAAUGACAUUUUCUAAUAGUGUUCACAUUGUCAAUCACUGUGUGCGAUUUUUUUUUUUGUGGGAAUUUGAAAUAUAUGAGGGACAUCUGGCAUGCAAUUGACUUGUUAAUUGUAAUAUAAAGGAAUAAACAAUGAAUCCAGUCCCUUCUCUGUAUUGGUAGUGGGUGUUAAUAUGUUUUCCUUCUGUGUUAUACAGACGCAGUGCCAGAAGUGCCGUUAUAUAGAGUGGUGCUCAAUCUAACAGGACCAACGGUAUAUUGCCUGUAACCUCAAUUAUGGUUACAAUACCCUGUAGAUGGAAUGAAAAUACUACACACAUAGUUGAUGGAAGCAGGAAACACAAGACCUGAAUACCUAACACCUAUUCAGGUAUAGCUAGAGAGAGUUUUGCCGCUCUCCACUCUCACAGAUGUGCAUUUCCAAUAAAGGCGUUUCGCUGUACUUGUGCACGUGACAAUAUAACUUGAAACAGUACCUCACUUAGUCCUAACUGCUGGCUUCCUGAAGUUCAGUCCAGUUGUUUACAAUGUAAAUGCAGCUAUUUCCUGUUAUUGCCAAAACCCCCCAUAGCAAACAAACCGAGAUGACUUGAGUUUGGUUGAGUGAAGUCCACAUCUGGGACCAUGGCCUCAAAGAACAUCAACUGUAUCAUUGUUUGUUAAUUACCCCCAUUUCCUCCAUCAAUAUUGUGACGCCUGCCCCCGCUCCCCCUCUCUGGUGCUCAAGCUUGCCAGGCGGCCCAUCAUUACGCACACCUGUCACCAUCGUUACGCGCAUCAGCGUUUCCUUGGACUCACCUGGACUCCAUCACUUAUUGAUUGCCUCCCCUAUAUCUGUCUAUUCCUCAGUUUCAUUCCUGUGUCAGCAUUAAUGUUGUUUUGUUCCCCCUGUCCAGAUGCUGUCCUUGAUUAGUGUCAUGUCGGUUAUUUAUUCAAUAUUCACUCCUUGUACUUGCUUCUCGUCUCCCAGUGUCUGUCCUCACAAAUAUAUUGAUGCAAUGCUUGGAAAAGUGGGCUAUUGACAUUUGAUUCAGAUUAAUUUAACUGGCAAAUGGAUGGAAUUGUUAAAUAAAAAAUAAUUUGGAAUGAAUGAAACAAGAUUAGGGUUUUUGGACAUUUAAUCUUAGAUUUCGGCACAAUUUGAAUUGAAUUGAGAUAGGAAUGAAAAUCAAUUGCAUCUCAGUGAAGCAAAAGCAUUCUGCAAGUCAUUGAUGGAAAUGAAUUGCUCAGCCAGUGAGAACGUCUGAAAUUCUCUCACAUGACAUGCAAAGAAAUGACCAGUAGACUAAUUAACAGAUUAAAAACACUACUAAAAUGUUUAUUGUUGAGUAGUUGUGUUUAAUUAGAAAUACUAACAUGUUUAUUGUUGAGUAGUUGUGUAUAAUUAAAAAUACUAACAUGUUUAUUGUUGAGUAGUUGUGGUUAAUUAAAAAUACUAAAAUGUUUAUUGUUGAGUAGCUGUGUUCACUAUUGGUAGAUAAUGCAUUCAUAGAGAUAUGGCAAUUUAUCGAUUAGAUAGCAGUGUUGGGGAGUAGUAAACAACAUGUACACUACUGUAAACAACAUGUACACUACUGUAAACUGUCACAUUCUGACCUUUAUUUCCUGUGUUUUGUAUUUAGUUAGUAUGGUCAGGGCGUGAGUUGGGUGGGCAGUCUAUGUUUGAUUUUCUAUGAUUUGGGGUUUUCUAUGUUUCGGCCUAGUAUGUUUUAAACUUUUUUUUAAACUGUCACGAGUCCGACCGAGGGUGUUUCCUCUUCCCGGGCGGGUGGCGCUCGGCGGUCGUCGUCACCGGCCUAUUAGCUGCCACUGAUUGUUUUUCCUCCCCCUCCUUGUAUGUUUAGUGGUAGCACCUGUGUAGGGUUAAUUAGUUUGCCUUUAUUAGACAGCCGGCCCGCCUGGUUGUUGUGCGGGAUUAUUUCUAUGUAACCUUCGGCUCUGUUGUUCCUGCCUUUGUGUUUUGCACCAGAUAGGGCUGUUUAGGGUUUCACACGUUUCUUGUUUUGUUGUAUCAGUUGUUCAUGAGUAAGUUUACAUAUUAAAAGAACCAUGGACA